AUGCGCUACCUCGUCCUCGCUGUCAGUCUCCCCGUUGCGUACGCUGCCUGGGUCCAAAACCUUUGUUCCGGCGUCGGCGGAUGCACGUACAUAGGCGGUUCACCAGACUCGGAUCCCUAUCGCUGUCCCGACGGCAGCGCCAUUACUAUCCCUAACUUUUUAACCGAUUUGGCAAAGACCGGUCAGGAUGGAGCGACGCCUGUCAGCAAGGCGGAUUUCCCAGCCAAGUGUUCCUCGGGUGCUGUUCCCGGCCCAAAUGACAAGCUUGUCAGUACUCGCAACGGAAACGGUCAAACAAUCUUCGCAUUCCUGAAAGAGAGUUGCACCGAGACCAAACCAGAAGCGCCAGGAAAUUGCUACGCCUACAGAACCAACCCAACUACGUACAAUUUCUGUUCGAUGGUUGAUGCGAGCCGCAAGGAGUGUACUCCGAAUCCGCAGGCGGGCAGAUGUGAGCGCUGGGGCAACACGGUGGGUCGAAUAGAGUGUGAGGGGUGGAAGAUUGGGAUGAAGGAUUACCCCGACACGCAGUAG